AUGGCGUACAAUAAUAAUUCGUAUGAAUUGAACAGUUAUAAAGAAGACGAUUUUGUCUCCUUUAUGAAUGAAAUUCAAGACAUCAACAAUCAAUUGGAUUCUUAUCAAAAUUUGAUUAGUUUGAUUCGUAACAAGCAACGUCAGUUGAUCCAGGAAUUAGACUUAAAUGAAGAAGAUGGUGAUUAUUCAUCUAGGCAAGUUGAUAACCUUGUGGCUGAAGCUCAUUCUAUGCAAGUGGAUUUGAAAAAUAGAAUUAAAAAUGUUCAAACCCAAGCUGUUACUAGUCGCGACCAAGCUAAAUUGGACCAAGCUGAAACCGCUAGAAAGAGAUUUUUGGAUUUGAUUAACGAAUAUAGAAUCGUCGAAUCCAACAGUAGAGAACAAACCAAGCAACAAUCUGAAAGACAAUACAAGAUUAUCAAGCCGGAUGCUACUCCACAAGAAAUUAAAGCUGCCGUGGAAGAUGGUGAUUCAUCCCAGUAUUUCCAACAAGCUUUGAUGCAAUCUAAUAGAAGAGGUGAAGCCAGAACUGUUUUGAAUGAAGUCCAAGCUAGACACCGUGAAUUAUUGAAGUUGGAGAAGACUAUGGCCGAGUUGACUCAAUUGUUCCAUGAUAUGGAAGAAUUGGUGAUCGAACAAGACCAAGCUAUACAACAAAUCGAUGAGCAAGUUGGAAAUGCUCAACAUGAUAUUGAACAAGGUGUGGGCCACACCAAUAAGGCAGUCAAGAGUGCAAAGGCUGCUAGAAAGAAGAGAAAGUGGUGUGCUUUUAUUAUCUUCAUCAUUGUUGUUAUUUUGGCGUUAAUUUUAGGAUUGUAUUUUGGUUUACAUAAGUAA